UAUACAAAGGAAUUAUGUAGCAGCCCAAUAAGACUAUGGGAAGCGUGGCACAAUGUAUUCCUCUUAGUUUAUUAGAUACGCUAAUUGUUUACGUGUGAAUUGUGAUUGGCCCUCUCCAGACUCCAUAUAUCUUUCUCUUCCCUCUGAAUUGUUGAUGUGCGAUUAGCCCACUCCAGAGCAUCUCCAUUUUUCCUUUUCUUCUCUCUCCCACUCAAUCGAAGGCACUCACAACCUAGUGAUUAAUAACUAGAAACCAUGAGUAGUAGUGGAGGAGAAUUCAUGGUAACAAUGAGGAGGAAAGAAGUAGUGGCAGCUAUGCUACCAAUGCAGAAGCACUGGCUACCACUCUCUAACCUGGACUUGCUUUUACCCCCCAUUGAUGUUGCCGUGUUCUUCUGUUAUAAGAAGCCACGUGGAAGUGCCAGCGGAGGUGAUGACUUCACAUUUGGGUCCAUGGUUAGGGUUCUGAAAGAGGCCAUGGUCCAAGCCCUGGUGCCCUAUUAUGCCUUUGCUGGAGAAAUCUUGUCUAACUCAUUAGGGGAAGCUGAGCUUCUUUGCAACAACCGUGGGGUGGAUUUCUUGGAGGCUUAUGAGGAUGUAAAACUACAAGACCUCAACUUGUAUAACCCUGACGAAAGCAUUGAAGGCAAGCUUGCCCCUACGAGGAAGCAUGGCGUCCUCUCAGUCCAGGUGACUGAGCUCAAAUGUGGCGGAAUUGUGGUGGCCUGUACAUUUGAUCACCGGAUAGCAGACGCAUAUUCUACCAAUAUGUUCCUAGUUUCAUGGGCUGAGAUGGCUCAGUCCAAGCCCUUAUCUGUAAUACCAUCUUUCCGGCGUUCUCUCCUCAACCCUCGACAUCCAGGCUCCUAUGCUCCGUCCCUUGACCACAUGUACGUUCCCAUCUCAGCCUUACCUCCGCCCAAAGUUCCACAACCUGGUGCUGAUCCUCUCAUAAGCCGUCUGUACUAUGUCACUGCCGAGAAGCUCAGUCUACUCCAAACACUAGCCACCAGCAAGAGUAGCUCCUACAAGAGGACCAAACUAGAGUCUCUUAGUGCCUUUUUGUGGAAGAUGGUGGCCAAAAGUGCUCACAUGGAAAAUGCAAACCAAAAAAUAUGCAAGAUGAGUGUCGUGGUGGAUGGAAGAAAGAGGUUAAGCAGUGGAGAUGAGGAUAUGACAACAGCGAUGGCCUCAUACUUUGGAAAUGUGCUGUCCUUCCCCUUUGGUGAGAAGAUAGUAAAUGACCUCAAAGAAAAACCACUGAGUUGGGUGGGAGAUGAAGUUCAUGAUUUCCUGGAAGCGGCUAUGACAAAGGAACAUUUCUUGGGGCUGAUAGACUGGGUGGAGGCUCAUCGUCCAGAGCCGGCUACACUGAAAAUGUACUGCAGUGGCAAUAGCGACGGGCCAAGAUUUACGGUGUCAUCAGGGCAGAGGUUCCCGGUGACAAAGGUGGAUUUCGGGUGGGGUAGGCCGGCUCUAGGGUCAUAUCAUUUUCCAUGGGGUGAAGAAGUUGGGUACGUGAUGCCAAUGCCAAGCCCCACUGUAGAUGGUGACUGGGUGGUGUACAUGCACCUCUUGAAAGCCCAGAUUGAGUUGAUUGAGACUGAUGCUGCUGAUAUCUUUAGCCCCUUAACAGCCUACCAUCUCAAUUUGCUUAACGCAGAUUAGCUAGCUUACGUCCACCAUCUUAUAUUCAGAAAUUUAGAAGUAACUCCCUCGCAUGUUGUUUCAAAUGUUAGAAUUCCUUUUCCUUGUACAAGCAUAAAUGCCUCCUAGCUAUAUCUUAAUUACUAUCAUAAGACUAGUAUAAGGAUUAGUAAGGACUUGAAAAUUAAAUCCUAGCUAGGGUUCACUUUUGUAACCUGAAAAAUGAUCAUGUAUACGAAAAUCUUUUCUAUGUUUA